AUGUCAAUAAAUACAACGACGGGAGACCUAUAUUUGUGUAUUAAGCAAUUCAACGCGAGAUUAGGUGAUGAAUUGAAUCUUAAGCCUGGCGAUAAGGUAGAGGUAUUAGCAGAUGACAGCGAAUAUAAUGACGGAUGGUAUAUGGGGAGGAAUAUAGUGAGUCAAGAGGUCGGCCUAUAUCCGAAAUCUUUUACCCAACUUAUACAAAAUCAAAUAGCCGGGGCCUCUCUUUUAAGAUCAAGAUCCAGAAGAGUCAGUAAAAAGAAUGGUAGCUCUCCUCAAACACCUACAAACGUCAACAAACUCUCCGAGUCUUUUGAAAAACUAGAUACAAAAGAAAAUAAACCUUCAGCAAGCAAGCAAGUUAAUAAGACUAUGAGUGACAUAGAUCAAGCUCUUCUUGAACUCCAAGGUGCAACAAAUCUUUCCAACAAUGCCGGCGGACAUAUUGGAAAAGCGGGCACAAAUGCGCGGCACCAAAAGAACCCAUCUGCCCAAUCAUUAACAGAUGAUAUAAAUCCUUUGCAUGUGGCAGAGUGGACACCUAAACAAGUCUACUCCUAUUUUGCUCUUGUUUUAGGAUUUGAUUUGAGUGUCGCUGAUAAGUUCGCCAAACAUAAAAUUACAGGUACUAUUUUGUUGGAACUAGAUUUGACUUACUUAAAGGAAUUAGAUUUCGAUUCGUUUGGGACGAGAUUCGAAGUUUACAAGGAGAUUGAGAAAUUAAGAGAGGUUUCAUCAAGAAUGAAGUCGAAGAAGGCAUCUAAAAAUCAAAGUCAAAUUAUGCCUUCUGAAGCAUCAGAUGAUGAAUUCGUGAGUCCUUUAGGAUCCAAAACUAGCUCACCUCAAAAAAAUAAACUUAUUGAUGAAAACUAUAGUGUUGAUGACUACAAUAAUGCACACUCUGCCUCACAGGGUCAGUUGUUACCUUCUGCUGAAGUUCGAGAACCAAGCUAUUUGUACAAUCACCAAAGAAAGAGGAGCCAAUCGUUCGAUGACUUGGCAGUUUAUGAUUCAAAAAAUGAGACUUCGAACAUCGAUAAACAUUCGUUGUCCAAAAAAUUCACCAACUCUACUGAGCAAAAAUUGCCCGAAGACUUAUCAUCGCAAAAUAAUAAUGGAUACGAUGGGCUUUAUCUGAGCAAAACAAAUGGCUCUCGUGAAUUCCCAAGCUCUGCCGGAAAAGCUACCACUGGAACCGUUAGUAGACCUUCAUCUUCAGUCUAUGAACAAUCCUUGAUGAGCCACAAUAGAAAUAUGAGCCAAGCCUCAAACGGUAAAGAAGUUAAUCGACACAAUAGAAAUGCUUCUGUAAUUUCAGGUCAUAAGAGACGAUCCUCCUUAUUUCUGUUUAUUUCGGGAAACGAAGAUUCUACUGUGGAAAAUCCAAAACAAUCUAAAGGUGGGCUUCUUGACAAGCACAGUGAUUCCUCAAACUCUCCAACGAAAUCGAAGAGAGAAAGUCUUGUGAUAACGAGAAAAAAGGAUACUCCUCUAGACUUUGUUGAAGUCGACUCAAACGUCGAGAGUACUCCAUCUCCAAAGAAACUGAAAUCAAUAUCUUACAAAUUAAGCGAGGCAAAACUUCCAAAUGGAGAUAGCAAAGAUGAAAAGAGAUCGGCAUCGGAUUCUACCGCUGUCUCACGCUUUAAGAACUUGAGGACAACAUCGAGCCAAAAUUUUAAAAACUUAACAACAUCCAAAAAGCUGAAAACCCUGGCAUUUCAAGAAGGAAUUCGUGAAAUUAACCCUGACGAAGCAAUUAAAUCUGCAAGCUUUAGUGGCUGGAUGGCUAAAAAGUCAGGAAGCACUUUAGGAUGGCGUUCAAGAUAUUUCACUUUACAUGGGACAAGAUUGUCGUACUUCACUUCAUUGAGGGACAAACGUGAGAAAGGGCUAAUUGAUAUAACGGCACAUAAGGUAAUACCAGUUAAUACUGAGAAUGAUGUAAACUCCAAUGACAAAUAUAUUGCGUUGUAUGCAUCCUCUACUGGUUUUGGUAGAUACUGCUUCAAGUUACUUCCUCCUGCCCCAGGAUUUAAGAAAGGUCUUACAUUUACUCAGCCUAAAACUCAUUAUUUUGCUGUUGAAACAAAGGAAGAAAUGAGGGGAUGGCUUAAGGCUCUUAUGACUGCAACUAUAGAUAUCGAUGAUUCAAUACCUGUUGUGAGUAGCUGUUCAACGCCAACUGUCAGCUUAAAUAAAGCUCAAGAGAUGCUAGCAAGAGCCAGAGAAGAAACGAAAUCAAAAGACGAGGAGCUUAGAGCAAGAGGCUUUUUAAGAGAUAGUUUUGAUGGAGGAUAUCCGUAUAAUCAUUAUUCUAAUGAAUCGAAUGAUGGACAAACGUCGGUAGAUUCGACAAUGUCACCUAAUAUUGAUUCAAUAGAUGAUACGACAGUGUCUUCAGCCAAUCAACAUUCACAGAAUCAACAACAGUCUCCUUAUCAAAAUCAAAAUCAAAAUCAACUACAACAGCAACCCAAGCUAUCGGUUGAUACCUCGAGUAAGGCUUACAAGGCUCCCACCACCCCUCAGAUCUCGUCCCAAGCUGGAUUUGCUUCCCCAUAUUUGUUGGCGUCGGGUCUCUUGUCUCCACGAUCUGCUCAAAGUAAUGGAACGUUUUCUCCUGGUGGCACACCUAGGACAAACCUGAGGACAAAUCUUGAAGCUCCAGGAGAAACACCUCCAUCAAUCGACUCCAAAUCUCCUCGAUCCGUCUUCUCGAAUCACGCAGGAAGAGUUCUAAGCGGAGGAAAAAAGAAACAAGCUGAAAAAAUGUUAGCUUAUUCAAAUGAUGGCUCGGGAAACCAUACUUUUGUGAUCAAAGCUAAAAAGUAG